AUGGGCUUUUCAUUGUCUUCGAAUUGGAAACAGCUACAACGAAAACAAAAAGCUGAAACGAAAGGAAUCGCAAAAAAACGACCCAGAUCGGCUGCUGCUAUCACUUCCAAAUCUGUCAAAGCAUCUGUUUCAGAUAAAGAAUCUGAUGUCUCGUUGAAGCUCACAAUCACGGAGUCCACAAAGGACAUUUCGCAUAGGAAAAAAGAAGUCGGCAAAUAUUUGGCCAUGGACUGUGAGUUUGUAGGGGCCGGAGAACAAGGAGAAUCGUCGAUCCUGGCUAGGGUAUCGUUGGUAAACUAUCACGGAAUAACUGUCUACGACACUUUUGUCCAUCCGACCGAAAAGGUGACAGAUUGGCGGACGCAUGUGAGUGGUGUCACUCCUGCACAUAUGAAGAAUGCUGUUUCGUUCAAAGAAGCCCAAAAAAAGGUUUCAGAUUUACUGGAUGGUAGAAUUUUGGUGGGACAUGAUGUGGGCCAUGAUUUGGAUGCCCUGAUGCUUUCUCAUCCAAGAUUCAUGAUUAGAGAUACUGCGAAACAUACACCUUUUAGAAAAAAAUACGCAGCGGGCAAGACACCAUCACUGAAAAAGCUCAGCAAGGAGAUUCUCGGUGUUGAGAUACAAUUAGGCCAGCACUCAUCUGUCGAAGAUGCAAGGGCGACAAUGAUGAUCUACAAGUCUGCGAAAGCCGAGUUUGAAACUAUAUUAAGGAAACCGCGACAAACUCGUAAAUGA